AUGGCGAGAAUCGCCUUUGCCUCAUCGCCGCCGAUAAAUUCAAUCCGUUCUCUCCGCCGGCAUUUCUCCGUUCUCGCCUCCGCUGAUCCGAGAACCCCCGAAAUGCCACGAAGCAGCCACCACAGCUCUCUCGAAGUCAUCGGCGGAGGAAGCGAUCGUUUCCUACCUGCUCUAAAAGAAUCACUCUCCAAAGCCUACGAUGCAUUUCCCUUAAUCGGAUUUAACCGACACGUGGAGACCAUCUACGCAGCUUUCUACCGCUCUGUUCCUUCCGUCAGACUCCGCCGCCAGUGUCUCCGCACGAAAGACGAAGGCUCCGUCGCUCUCGAUUGGGUCGCCGGCGAUGACAAUUACCUCCCUCCAGAAUCUCCUAUUCUCAUUUUACUGCCAGGUUUAACAGGAGGGAGCCAAGAUUCGUAUGUGAGGCAUAUGUUGUUAAGAGCAAGAAGCAAAAACUGGCGUUGUGUAGUGUUCAAUAGCAGAGGAUGUGGAGAUAGUCCUGUUACUACUCCUCAGUUCUACUCGGCUUCGUUUUUAGGAGACAUUGGUGAAGUGAUUGCUCAUGUUGGUGAUAGAUUCCCAAAUGCUAAUCUGUAUGCAGCAGGAUGGUCUCUUGGAGGCAACAUUCUUGUCAACUAUUUGGGUCAGGAAUCACAUAACUGCCCUCUUUCUGCUGCGGUUUCAUUGUGUAAUCCUUUCGAUUUGGUCAUAGCGGAUGAAGAUUUCCACAAGGGUUUUAACAAUGUUUAUGACAAGGCCCUGUCGAGAUCUCUUCGUAGAAUCUUUAGCAAACAUUCUCUUCUCUUUGAAGAUAUAGGAGGUGAAUUCAACAUUCCCAUGGCUGCAAAUGCUGAGACGGUUAGGGAUUUCGAUGAAGGCUUAACCCGAGUCUCAUUCGGUUUCAAAACAGUAGAUGAGUACUAUUCCAAGUCAAGCAGCUCCAAAUCUAUUAAAAAUGUCCGUACGCCAUUGCUUUGCAUUCAGGCAGCGAAUGAUCCGAUUGCUCCUGAUAGAGGGAUUCCUCGAGAUGACAUUAAGGCAAACGCAAACUGCAUGUUGAUAGUAACACCAAGAGGAGGGCACUUGGGGUGGGUGGCUGGUGAAGAAGCUCCAAGCGGAGCUCCUUGGACCGACCCUGUGGUUAUGGAGUUUCUGCAACAUGUAGAGAGUUGUGUAACCGUUAACGGAGAAAGAUUCUUGGAGGAUGCUCAUCAGAUGCAAGUCUAG